GAUGAAGAGCAGGUAUCACUGCUUAUCAAAAGAGAAGCACUUCAGAGAGCCAUGAAACUCAUGACGCACCUGCAGCUCAAUGCACAGGCGAAGAUCCGGAGAAUGAUGGACGAAAAUAAGCAGCUCGCGCAGCGGAUCGAUGGCGCGAUCCAGUGCGCGAAGCAGGAGGUGGCGAACCUGCGCGCGGAGCUGACAGCCACCGGCCACAGACUGGCGGAACUCGGCGAGCUGGAAGAACCGGGCGAACCGCAGGAACAUCAGCAGCAACAACAGAACCAUCACGAUGCACCGGCGCAAAGACAGAAAGCUUUGACAGAGCUUGGUCAAAAAGAUGACGUUGCUGUUCACGAGACAUCAUUAGAUAAAGUGCUGUUGCAUGAAGAGGUGGUGCGUCUGCAGGAGGAGGUGUCAGUGCUGAAGCAGGUCAGGGAGAUGUUGAAUCGUGAGCUGGAGGAGACCGGAGGAGGCUGCUCCAUGGAGCUGCUGUCUGUCUCACAGCUCCGCGUGCAGCUAACACAGAAAGAGCAGGAGCUGGACAGAGCAAAGGAGGCAUUACAAGCAAUGAAGGCAGACAGGAAGCGUUUGAGGUUGGAAAGAACUGAUCUGGUGAAUCAGAUGCAGCAGCUCUACACAACACUGGAGAGCCGUGAGGAGCAGCUACGAGACUUCAUACGCAACUAUGAGCAACACCGAAAAGAGAGCGAGGAUGCAGUGAGAGUUCUGGCAAGGGAAAAAGAUUUCGUUUGGAGCAGUUAUUCUGGGCAGUACUACACAUUCAUUUUCACACAUUUUACAUUUGUUUACAACACUCUCUUUAGACAAGGAAGUGGACCGUAUUUAAUUAAAUCUGUUUGUGUGUUCCAGGCAAAACAGUCUUUGGCUACUCUCACUAAGGAUGUUCCUAAGCGACACUCACUGGCCAUGCCCACAGAGACUGUCGUCAACGGCAACCAAGAGUGGGCGAUGCAUGCAGAGCUUCCUCUGACUGCGGCGAUACGACAGAGUCAACAAAACCUUUACCACUCAAUGGACAGACAGGUACUAAAAGCAUCACCAUGCGUGUGCGAUGCUGACAGCAUCAGCAUGAUGUCAUCAGCCGCAGCCAGGAUCAGUCCAUGUCACUCUAAACAACCGUCAGUCAUCUCAGACGCCUCUUUGAUGGAGGGAGAGAGAUCCUCAACACCUUCAGAUUCACCACGACACAGAACACACUCCCUCUGCAAUUCUCUAGAGGAUCUAGAGGAGCAGAGACGCAGAAAGAAGAAAGAGAGGAUGGGUCUGGGCUCUCUGUCGAGGGUGUUUGGUCGAGGAAAGCAAAGAAAGUCUCUGGACCCCACUCUGUUUGAUGACUCCGACAGUUUAUCAAGCCCCGCCCGCCUCAGUGUGAGCCUAUCAGAAUGCGAGGAGCAUCUGGAUCGGCUUCAGCAGGUGGAGCUCGCGCGGACUGCCCCCAUGUCCAGUUGGCGUGCAGGAACCGUGCAGGCGUGGCUGGAGGUGAUCAUGGCCAUGCCGAUGUACAUACGGGCCUGUGCAGACAACGUUAAAAGUGGGAAGGUCUUGUUAGUUCUUAGGGAUGAGGACCUGGAGUUUGUUUUAGGUAUCAGUAAUUCAAUGCACCGCAGGAAACUCCGUCUGGCCAUUGAAGACUACAGGGAUGCAGAAUCAGGACAUGGCCUUUCUAAAGCAGCUGAUCUGGAUCACCACUGGGUGGCUCAGGCCUGGCUGACUGAUGUGGGACUCCCUCAAUAUUCCCAGUUCUUCCACACUCACCUUGUCGAUGGACGUCUUCUAAGUACACUCACACACACUGACCUUGAGAAGCAUCUGCACGUGUCUAAAAAAGCCCACCAGAACAGCCUGCUGCUGGGAAUACAGCUGCUACACACGCUCAACUUUGACAAAGAGAUUUUGCAGUCCAGGCGAUCAGAGUGUGGGAAUCAGAACACAGACCCAGUAGUGUGGACCUGUCAUCGCAUCAUCAAAUGGAUCAAAGAGAUUGAUCUGAAGGAGUUUGCUGACAAUCUUCAGAACAGUGGGGUUCAUGGCGCCAUCAUGGUGUUGGAUCCCUCCUUCAGCUCUGACACCAUGGCGACAGCUUUAUGUAUUCCAUGCAACAAGCACAUGGUCCGUCAUCACCUGAAUGACGAGAUGAAAGCACUUGUCAGUGCAGCCAGGGCAGGGCUUGAUCAGGAAGUCGAACCUUUGGGGACUCCGCCCACACUUCACCGGCAAAGUUCUCUAAGCAGCUCAUCACCCAGUUGUCAUGACGAUCAGCAGUCUUUAAGGAGGGUGAAGCAGCAGCUCGGUCUCAGCCCAAAGAAUUUCACUGGACGGAAGAUCAGUCACCAGAACAGAUCCGGGUCAUUUCCAAGGAAUGGACUUCAGGAGGUCUCACUACAACGAGAGCGUUGCCCAGUUCGACAUUUUUCUGCUGCUGAGCUCACCAAUGUCUGAGUUAUUCUCCUGACACUUUCUUAAAGCUCCCAAAUGGGGGAUUUUAUUUCCUUUUUCAAGGUGAAUGUCGAUGAAAUCUCAACGAAAGUUCACAUUGUCAGUCUCUGGACUCUCAGUUUGCCAGUAGGGGUCUUGGCUUUGCUUUGUAGACCUUAUGUUGUUGUGUAUAACUGUGGACUCAUUUGUCUCAAAGUGAGACAAUCUUAAGAAUGCAUUUGAAAGGGCACGUACACUAAACAUUUAUUUAUCUGUUUAGAUGUUUGAUGAAAUUAUUGUCACGUAAGGAAUGUGUGAGGAUUCAGGGUGAAGUAUCCUGACAAUUUUAACUAAGAUUUGUGAGAACUCCACAAUGAAAACUGUGGUAAAGUUGGACUUUUUCCCCUCAAUAAAAUGAAUAUUUUCACAUUUAAUGGGUGCAAUUUAGAAAACCGACUCUGAAAACAUUAGAUUUAGUACUACAAAAUACUGUACAAAAUAAUGUAAAAUGUUGUGUUACACAGUACAUCAUUAUUUAAAAUAGAUGAUUAUUUGAAUUUCAUGAAUUUACCUUUCAUGGUUUUAUCUUUAUAUCCACUGGGUUUCACUUAGUCAUGUGGUUCAAAUCCACAGUAGGUAAAUAGCAGGUCCAUAACUACAGGUUAGUACACAUGCUCGCCCAAUCACAGUGCACAAUUUUGUAUAAUAUGACAUUUCUCUGAGAACUCAAUUUCAAAUUUGCCUCUACUCCCACUUAACCAAAUGGUUCAAACCUGCUGCUUUUGUGUCCCAACUGUAAAACACCAUAUCAAAUCUCAAUAUCAUGCAAACAUAGCUAGUAAGCUACCAGCUCCAAGGUCAUGCACAUUGCUAAGCUGUAGCAGGGGUUAGGCUAAUCAUCAUAGUAAAUGUGAAACGAUCAAAGAUAUGACUUGUUUAUUUAUGUUUAUUAAGCGACUUUCUGAAGCAGCGUAAAGGGAGGGACAUGUUUUUAUAGUUUUAUAGAAAGACAGGACAACAUGUUCUCCAUAUAAAAAUGGUCUUAAAUUUUAUUUAAAUCUUAUCUCUGGUACUUCUUCACUAUUUUAUCCCAGGACAUUAAGACAAUAAACAUUUUUUAUUUUUUUAAAUGAUCAGCUAAUUUUUUCCCCCUUUUACAUUGUUGUAUUUUUGUUAAGUAUUUGUUCCAUAUAUUUCUAGUAUCUGAUGCACAUCAUACCUGUAAUUCCCACAAUUUCCCACACAUGAUUAAUAAUGUAGGCCUACUUCAUUAUCCUGAGAAAAAUACGUAAUACAUGUCAGAGCACUCCUUGUUCCUUUUACUAUAAAAGUUACAUGACGUUCCUGAACUUACACAGACACAGCUAUGAGGAAGCACCUCACCUAUAUGGUCAACCUUUGUCCAACAUUAAUAAGACUGCCAGAAUCACAACUGCCCAUAAAAUAGUGAAAUAUUGUUGAGCAUUUGUUCCGCUCUAGGAAUUUAUGGUGGACAAACCCUGUUUGACAUUUAUUUUUAUGUGGGUGAUGCUGGUGAUUUGAUGUGCAUCACCUGACUGCUGACUGGUGUGAUAAAUAAUGCUAGUAUCUUGAAAAAUGUAUAAAUA